CAAUAUUGCCCAAUCAACGUAAGCUAAACGGAUAACAAUAGAUGUCCCAACUCUUAUACUAUAGAGGGCUCUGGUUUUACCCACAACAGAUAGUUCUUUUUGUCGUUUUUGUCGUCGUCAUGCCUGUCGUUAUGAACCUCAUUCUCGCCCUUGUCAUUGAGGAUGCAAGUAAGAUUAGGCUGGACGUCAAAUUGCGGAAACAUAUUGAUACGGUAAGAAAAAUGGCAAAACGAUCGAAUGAGAAUUAUUUUAUAACAUAAUCUAAGAUAAAAUAAGAAAAAGGUCUUUACACCAUUAAAACUACGAACCAGAUUAAAAUUUAUGAAUUCCUUGUAACGUGCAAUUUAUUUUUUUAUUUCCUUUGUAUCAACCAAUUUAGGCAAACAUGAUCACUAACCUAUAAAGAAAGAAGUUCAUAUUUUCUUAUUUCACGAAAAAAGAAAAGGCACUUUUCUAAUUUUGUCGAUGGAAUUAUAUUUUAUGAUUUUUCCUCCGAUAAAGAAGACGUGAGCUCGGAGCAAAUUGAAAAAAAUGAAGAUCUAUUGACAUUGAUUAAAAUGGUUAAAAAAUUACAAAUUCAGAAUGCAAAAGUGUUUGAAAAAAGUCUGAAGAAAAUUCCAGACUAAUCAAGAAUAUCAUUGGAAUUCAAGAAUAGGAAAAUGACUCUGCGCAGUCUUAAGGACAAAUAAAAGGUUUAAAGCAACUGUAGCUGUCACAUAUCAUGAUGAGGAUGGCCAUGUUGAGAGAGAGGAAGUGGAUUUGUCAGAAUUGGUUACUGAGGAUCAUAGAGGAAGCUGUUCUUUUAACAGUCCUGAUAAUUGUGGUGCAUUGGAAGGCCAUGAACUGGGAAUGGAACAAGAUAACAGUGAUCUUGAAAGUGAUGUUCACCAUGAUUGUGAAGAAUGAGCUUCUUAUUACCAGAAAGUUGAAAGAAAAGAAAAAGCAUGGGAAAAUUUGCGACAUUCAGUUAUAAAGAAUACAUUUCAGUUUGCUGGCAAAAAUUGGAGCAAUCUGAAGUGUAUUCAUUGUGAUAAUGAAGCAAAGUUUAGGUGCAGCGAUUGUGGUCCAAUGGCAAAGUAUUGUGAGAACUGUAUGUUAAAGAUGCACACAACCGUAAAUAUUUGUCAUCAUGUUGAAAUAUUUAAGGAUGGCAUGUUUUGGCCAUAUAAACUCAUGAACAUGCUGGUGUAUGAUUGUUCAUGCCAAACAGCUCGUCACAAAAGAAGUGUUUCUGUUGUUGAUGUUAAAGGCACCUUUUGUACUGUUGAGGUACAGUUUUGCUCAUGCUCUUCCGAGUUUGUUCAACUCCUGCAAUUUGGCCUUUGGGGUGGAACACCUACAAAACCAAGAAUUGCAUUUGUAAUUGAGUUUUUUGAAUUGGUUCAUUCUGUGCAGAUGGAAUGCCAGGCAUCAAUAAAAAGCAUUUGUCAGUCAUUUGAAGAGUUUAAUCAUAACCACAUGUUUUCUUCUUAUGCAACACCAAAAAUGUAUCCUGUCAUUAUAGAUGCUUUCGAAGAAUACAGGUAAUUGCAUGUAGGUCACUGAUUUAUUGCACUGCUGUACUACGUAUGAAUUGCUGGGAAAGUUGCAGUCAAUUUUAUAGCCUAAGAAUCUCAUCUUAAGAGAUGUAUUUAAUUGGAGGAAAUCAAAAUGCUAAAGUUUAUGAUGGGAAAGGAUUUUUCCUCAAGUAUUA